AGUUCAAAUUGACCUAAAACUCAGUCCAAGUUCUGUCUUCGCUGUGCCAAAGUAGAUGUGUUGGUGAAUCAACGAAAUGUAGAAUUUAUCUUUUUAUUAUAUGCAAGUUUUAUAUUAACUCGUCCAAAGAAAAGUAGCCUUUGGCGCUAUGAUCAUCAAUAGGCCCGAGGGCUGGCUCACAUACGCAUUGUUCAUAUUAAUUUUGGCAUGUUUUGUAAAGUCUCACCCACUUCAAGAAGCUGUCAGUCAAGAGGGGGACAGUGUCGACUGCGACCCAUUGACUGCAGUGGAAAACGGGGGCGAUGAAGUCGACGUCAUUCUCAUCGGCGAAGAUGAAGAUCCCCGAGGUGUGGUCAUGCGACGAUGGAGGCGUCUUUUUCGAAACACAAUAUUUCGCCCAGGGCGAUAUUUUCGGAGAAUUGUUACAGCUAUGAUCCUCCCCGGUACCAUUGCAGGAGCCAUAAGUGGGACAGUAGCAUCGAGUCUUGUUGGUGUGGGAGCAGGAGGAGUGACUGGAGUGAUUGCUGGAGCUGGGCUUGGUGGUAUCGGUGGACUCCUUGUUCCCGGCGUUCGACGUCGAAGCGAAGCUAAGAAUAAAAAUUCACAGGAUAAGUCAAAGGUUUCUGAUUUGGAUGAAAAAGGCAAUAAGGAAGACUCUGUAGAAAAGGAUGAGGAAGGAGAUGAAGAUGAGGAUUAUGACGACAGCGAAGAUGAAGACGACAAUGAAGACUUAGGGAGGAAUGCCCCUUUCGGUGGUAGUUCUUCUAACGAUAAUUCAGGACAAAUGCUCUUAUUUUUGCGAGGUGGCAUAAAUGUAGAUCGACUUUAUGAAUUAAGACAGAAAAUGAAGUUGUUGAAAAUUAAGAAGAAAUUUAAAACAAAGACACGGCAUUACCUUUGGAACUAACAAUUUGCUUUUGUUUUAUUUUGUCUUGUUAGUAAGGAUUUGGUAAAUAAGAAGAUGAGCCUAAUUGAAUAAACU